UCUGAAGCGUGGUAGGUUCCCAACUGCACGUAGGCCCGGUCUCACAAAAGCUCGCUUGACAUUUCAGACACUCAAGUGGUUGAUCUUGAGUGAGAGUGAGGGUUUCUACUUCUUUGACGCUUGUUUCUUAAUAAGAGAAAAUGUUUUUGUCGUUAUUUCGUGUGAUUUUCCGAGCUACUAAUGUUAAACGACCGAAGGGAAUUUCAGCCACUACCUCUCCUGCUAUUCAAGGAUUCAUUAAGACAAUCAACUUUUCAUCGUUUUAUUAUGGUCAUGAACAUCCUGAGACGAAGAUGGAUUCUGAUUCCGAAAAACAGAGUCAGAUUGGAAAAGGAAAUGGCGAGUUCUGGCGCCGCAAAAUGAGGACUUUCCAUGGUAUAAUUGACAUCAAUAAGGAUGGCGUCGUGUCCUACGACGAUUUCGUCAUUCUGGCAGAGAGAUUUGUCAAUUUGGGACAUCUGUCAGAAAUUCAGCAGAGGGAAUUUCAAGAUGUACUUCGGGAAGUAUGGGAGAAGCAGUGGGGUGCUGUGGAUCGCUAUAAUUUGGUGACAACGGAGCAGUACCUGCAGCACAUGCAACAUGUUCUCAGUGACAAGUACCUCAAUAGGAAAGCACACCAUUUCCUGCCCUACUUGUUCAAGGCUGUGGAUAAAGACAGGGAUGGAGUAAUAUCAGUCGAAGAGUUCAAACUGUUCUUUGAAUGUUUGGGGCUGGAAGACAAGGAUGCAGUUCACAGUUUUACAGCAAUAGAUAUCAACAAAGAUGGAUACUUGAGCCUUGAGGAAUUUGUUAAGCUUGGUCGAGAAUUUUUCCUGACAGAAGACGAACACAGUCCUAGUAAAGCAUUCUGGGGCCCACUUGUAAACCCAUAAGAGGGAAAACAUUUCAUUUGAAGUGCAGAACUUCUGAAACAUAUCACACUAAUUUUUACAUUUUUGUAACGCGAAGUCUUUUAUUCAAGUGAUGUGGCACUUGUAGUUUUUAAUAAUAAUUUUAUACUUUAUAAACUUUUAAGUAUAACAUAUUGAAAAUUAACACUUUCAGCUCUGAAGUAUUUUUAGAAUUGAGAAAAUAAGUAUUUAUAAUAACGUGCAUAAUGUAACAUAUAAAAGUUACAUAUUUUUAUUUCUAUAGAUUAUAAAUACUUAUGUGAUGAAAAUGAUGUCAUUUUGUUCUUACUAAAUCAAUUAAAAACUGUCAUCCUUGAAGCUAGAAGGACUUUGGGAACAAAUAAAUUAUGAUUAUGAUUAUGAUGAGUAAUAAAAUGGAAGAAUAAAAUAAAUGACAUUAAAAAAAGUAACAUUAGGCACGAUAGAACAUACACAACUUUAACACUCUGAGCUUUAUGACAGUGGCGAUGACAACUACUACUGCUGCUACUACCAUCACUGCUGCCACAGCCACCACCACCACCAUCAUCAUAAUAUUAAAACACUAAAGUACUAAAAUUCAUGUUUUAUUAAUUUAAACUUACCUAGAUCUUCUACAAAUGAUGUGGAUAUGUUACAAACCUGUUUCUCUUUUUUCUGGUCUUGACCUCGGAUUUUGUCCUCAUUGCAUUUUAUACCUCUCCUGUUAGUACCUGAAUAACCUCUUCAAGGCCUGUUUGGAUCUCUUAUGUCUUCUUCCUGUGUUAUGCUUUAUUUUCCAUACAAAAUACUUGUU